AUGACACGCGAGUCGCUGGCCUAUCGAAUUGGCAUUGUUUUCUAUUUUAUUUUCGGUUAUCUUUUUAUUGUGCUGUUUUCUGAUCUGCCAAGAAUUUUGUUUCGAAGCAAGAAGAAUAUUGCGGGACAGGUGAGAGAUGCACACCUGACGAGAGAGUGUCCCAAAUUUUUUGUGCAUUGUGAAAAUUUUUUUCAAAAAAAUGUGCAGCGUGAAAUUUUCAAGUUUUUUCGAAAAAAAGUCCGCGGGCAGGAGGAUUCGAACCCUGGUCUCAUGCUCGCCAGUCUAAAAUGUUACCCUCUCGGCCACAUCUCUCUUUUCUCCCGAGGGGAAAAUCACAGGCUUUUUGAAGACGUAUGCGCGAUGUGCGCGCGCGAAGGCGCCAGCCAAAAAUAAUGGGUUUGGUGCAAGCGCGCAUUUUGUCCAAUCUGGCAGGUUAAGCAACGUUGACUCGAGUUAGUGGUGAGUUCGGACUCAUCCAAAAAGUUGUUUUGUACAGUUUCAAUUCUGUUUGGGUAAAGUUUAGGGACUCUAGUGGAGAUGAUCUUCACAAUCAGAUGCCAAGAUGGUUCAUCCUGAACUCCAGUACGACCAUCGGAAGAUCGAGAGUCUGAAAUUUCCAUCAAAAAUUCAAAGUUUUUGAAUUCUUCUCAAACUUUCAGAACAUUCUACUGAAGUCUUGUGGCAAUCAAAAUGAUCAAAAAUUUCGAUUUUUUGUAUUCCUGAUCUUCAGUAUGACCAUCAGAAGAUCAAGAUUCAGGGCGAAAUUCUGAACAUUUUUGAAAAAUUAUGAAAAUUUCUGAAGUUUGUCUUGGGACACCUUGGACUUCAAGGCCAUCAAGAUCUGUGAUUUUAAAUCAUCCUGAUCUUCAGUAUGACCAUCAGAAGAUCAGAAAUCAUCAUCGAAAAUUAUCAAUUGUAUCUGAUGACGGUGAAAAUCAGAUCAGGAAUACAAAAAAUCGAAAUUUUUGAUCAUUUUGAUUGCCACAAGACUUCAGUAGAAUGUUCUGAAAGUUUGAGAAGAAUUCAAAAACUUUGAAUUUUUGAUGGAAAUUUCAGACUCUCGAUCUUCCGAUGGUCGUACUGGAGUUCAGGAUGAACCAUCUUGGCAUCUGAUUGUGAAGAUCAUCUCCACUAGAGUCCCUAAACUUUACCCAAACAGAAUUGAAACUGUACAAAGCAACUUUUUGGAUGAGUCCGAACUCACCACUAACUCGAGUCAACGUUGCUUAACCUGCCAGAUUGGACAAAAUGCGCGCUUGCACCAAACCCAUUAUUUUUGGCUGGCGCCUUCGCGCGCGCACAUCGCGCAUACGUCUUCAAAAAGCCUGUGAUGUUGGUGGAAAGGAAACUGUUUUCAAACGAAUGCGUUACAACGUUGUUCAACAUUUGAAGUUAGGAUAACUAAGCUUAGGCUUAACGGAUAUAGUUGAUUUUUUCUAAUAGAUUGCUAAGGUCAUAGGCAGUGUGGAACACCAUGAGUGCAGUGUGGAAAUGCCCAGAUUAGGUUUUUCUAUCCGCGAGUGUAAACCGCAAGCUUCCGCGGACGCGGCAAUCAGGCAUGUUCAUUCUGCCUGCUGACCGGACGGCACGGCUGCCGAGUGGGCGUGGCUUCGCUGUUUUGCUGGCCGAGCAGCAAAGAAGAAAAUAGCAAAAAACAGCAGCCGCGGCUUGCCGGCCGGCUGCCGUUUUUCGAAAUGGGAAGGGGAAGGUCGUCGCUCCGCCCCCUGCACACAACACACACAACAGCGCGCAACCCGAAAACCGUCGCACACACAAUUUAUUUAAACAGUCUCGCGCGCGCGUGUCUCAAGCUCCUUUUCUCAUUAAUUCAGAGUGUUUUUGGAGGAUUUGUUCGAUGAUUUCGACAAUUUUCUUCACGAAAUAGACAGCAAUGCCGGCAUUUCGGCACGGCAGCCACGGCAUGCUGUUCUGUGUUAUUUUUUCAAAACAGCAGCGGCUGCCGUCGCCGUUUUUGAAACGGCAAACGGCCGGCGUUGCCGGCAAAAUGAACAUGCCUGGCGGCAAUGUUUUUCCAUAAGCACAGGAAAUCCACAAAAACAUAAUUUUUGAAAAAAUGUUUUUCUGCAGAUAGUUGUGAUAACUGGUGGAGCAAUGGGAAUAGGAAAACAACUCGCCAAAAAACUUUGCCUUGAGCAAAACGCAAAAGUCGUCAUUCUCGAUGUCAAUGAAGCCGAAGGCCUGAAAACCGAAGAAGAAAUCGUGGAUCUUGGAGGAGUUGCAAAAUUCUAUAAAUGCGAUGUGUCCAGUGACAAACAAUUGGAAGAUGUGAGAAGUCGUAUAGAGGCCGAUGAAAAUUUUGGUGAGUUUUUUGAUUUUUGUUCUCUCUUUUGAAAAAGCAACAAAAAAAAAUAACAAACCAAUUAUCUUUUCCUUUUCAGGAGUUGUUGACAUUGUUAUUGCAAACGCGGCAAUUCUCAAAUUUGGUUCUGUCACUGAAUUGACAAAUGAUGAUUAUAUUUUGAACAGCAAAGUGAAUUACCUCGGCCAUAUUUUCACCAUCAAAACAUUCCUUGGUAAAAUGAUUGAGGCGAAAAAGGGGCACAUUGUAUCAAUUGGAAGUAUUUGUGGACAUUUUGGAGAGGCUUCCGGGUCAGCGUAUUGUUCCUCGAAGUUUGCGGCACGAGGAUUCUUGGAAAGUUUGCAAGCGGAGAUUUUUGAUUUGGAAUUGGAGAAGAAUAUUAUCCUCACCUCUAUUUAUCCAUAUUUUGUGAAUACACCAUUCUUGAAAAAUCUUCAAGAACCUCAUAGCACAUUUUGGGAUGUGAUACCUCCAGAAGUUGUUGCUAAUGAGAUUACAGAUUCGAUUUUGUAUAAUCGACACAGUCAUUUUAUUCCAGGAAGUAUUAAAAUAUUAUGUGUUUAUAUGAAAUGGAUGUGCACAUUUGGAACGAUUCCAAUUGGUCGGAAAGUUUUUAAUGUUUCUACAAAACCUAAAUUUUUAACUGAAAAAACGUUAUAG